UUAUAAGUGAGAGCGCGCAUGCGCAGUACGAGGUGUGCGCCGCUGGCUCUUGAAGACAGCUGACACGUGAGAAGCGUUUAACAGCAGUGCAUGGCAACCCAGACAAAUGCCGUUUUUUAACAAGCACCUGUGCAGUGCGCCGUGUUUCUCUGAGCUCAUUAACACGCAGCCUGGUUAAAACAGUGGUCUGAAUCGACAGCGAGCUGGAGGAAAUGUUACGGUGACUCAACUAACCGCUUUGCAGCUUCUUGACUUUGCAAACCGCCUUGAAUUCCGCGAAUCACAAAUCAUCUUUGAAUUCUCCAUUUAACCGAAUGCGCCAAAUUGUUGUCGCUCGCGCUGGCGAUAGUAAACAGUAGUGAAAUCUGUACGGCGAGCAAGAAGGGGGCGUGGUAUGACGCUGGUGUUCCGUAUUGACAGGAAAACUCCCCAAAUUAGGAGCUGCUUCCUGCUCUCUUUGGGUCACCAUGCUGCGCUUGUUCCGCGUGCUGGAGCGUUUACGCGCGUGUAGCGAAGUCUCCGCGCGCAACCGACAUUGGACCAAAAUCACCGAGCUGUCAGCGAGAUUCUCCAGCACCAAAGCUGCUCCGCGGUUCCGAAGAAUGGACUACCAGGAUGCGGUUUGCACCCUCAACACGCUCCAGACGAACGCCAGCGCUCUGGAGCAGGUGAAGAGAGAGAGAGGUCAUCCUGAGCUCCAGCUGCAGGCCAUGAGAGGCUUCCUCCAGCGGGCAGGACUCAAGGUGGAGGAACUUGAUCGUCUAAAUAUUAUUCACGUAACUGGAACAAAAGGAAAGGGUUCAACAUGUGCCUUUACAGAACAGAUUUUGAGAAACUAUGGCUUCCGGACUGGAUUCUACAGUUCACCUCAUUUGGUGCAAGUGAGAGAGCGAAUCAGAAUCAAUGGGCAGCCAAUAGGAAAAGAGCUCUUCACCAAAUACUUCUGGCAGGUGUAUUGUCGACUGGAGGAGACAAAGGUUGCCCAUGGCGGUAGCAUGCCUGCUUAUUUCCGCUUUCUCACCAUCUUGGCCUUUCACAUCUUUCUGCAGGAGAAGGUUGAUUUGGCUGUCUUUGAGGUUGGGAUCGGUGGAGCGUAUGACUGCACCAAUAUCAUCAGGCGUCCCUGGGUGUGUGGCAUCUCCUCUUUAGGCAUAGAUCACACCAGCAUUCUGGGAGACACCAUUGAGAAAAUUGCCUGGCAGAAAGGAGGGAUUUUUAAGCCAGGAGUUCCUGCGUUCACAGUCAAACAGCCUGAUGGGCCGAUGAAGGUGCUUCAAGAGAGAGCGGAAGAAAUUGGGUGUUCGUUAUCAGUGUGUCCUGAUCUGGAGGAGUAUCAAGGCGAAGGUUCGCUCAGGCUGGGUUUAGCCGGUCACCAUCAGCGCAGUAACGCUUCUCUGGCUCUGCAGCUCUCACACACCUGGCUGCAGAGACACUUCCUCACAGAUCCUGCGUCAUCUCCAGUGGAGUUCAGCGGUGUGAGUCCAGCUCCAGCCUUCCAGCCCAGUCCUGCGAUGAUCAAAGGUCUUGCGGAGACUGAGUGGCCUGGGCGCAAUCAGACACUAAAACACGGUCCUGUGACGUAUUUCCUGGACGGAGCUCAUACCACACGCAGCAUGCAGGCCUGUGUCUGCUGGUUCAAUGAGAUCGCACCACAACAUGAGAGAAACGCAGGUGGUCCGGUGGUGAGGGUGCUUUUAUUCAACGCUACAGGAGAGAGAGAUUGUGCUGCUAUGCUCAAACUGCUCGUACCCUGUCAUUUUGAUUUUGCCGUGUUCUGUCCGAACAUCACGGAGGCCAUAGCGACCUGUAAUGCAGACCAACAGAACUUUAAUGUGUCUGUGGAGAACAUGCUGACACGUUGCCUGGACAACCAGCAGAGCUGGCGCGUUCUGAAUGGCCAGGAGCAGAAGCCAGAGGCGGAGCUUCUGAUCAGAGGUGGUUUGCCAUUGGUGGCAGAAAGACACAGCGACACGCUGGUGUUUCCCUGCAUCCUCAGCGCCCUGCAGUGGAUCAGUCAGGGAAGAGACUCAGUUCUGUCGGACCCAAACAAAUGUGCCAUACCGGUUAAACCUAGCAUAAAUGUGAAAGCUGCUCCACUACGAGCGGCUGUAAACAUACAUGUCCUCAUCACAGGUAGUUUACACCUGGUGGGAGGGGCUUUAAAACACUUGGACCCUGCUUUAAACUCAUAACGGACAUAUGCAUGUGUCUGCAGUGCCAGACAUCCAGCCAAACACAGCAAGUGCACCACCUGUGCCUGAACCCUCUGUCCCAGUACUUUCAAAGGAGUAAUUCACAAACAUUUUCUGAAAGUUUACUCCCUCUCAGACUGUCUUAAGAUGUAGAUGAAUUUGUUCCUUCAUCAGAACCGAUUUGGAGAAAUUCACCACUUGCUCACCAGUGGAUCCUCUGCAGUGAAUGGGUGCCGUCGGAAUAAGAGUCCAAACAUCUGAUAAAAACAUCACAAUAAUCCACACCGCUCCAGUCCAUCAGUUAGUGUCUUGUGAGGGGAAAAAAAGCUGAAUGUUUGUAAGAAAAUUCACCAUGAAGGCAUUUUAACUUGAAACCACAUUUGUUUAGAACUGUUUUAGGCUGUUUUGGCUAGUAAACGGUGCUGGAUCUGUGCAUGUUUUUUUACCCGAUUCAGACCCUUAUUCACUGCAGAAAGCAAUAUUAUGGACUCAUAUUUUAGCUGAAAUCAAAGGUUUAAAGCCAAAAUGUCUUAAUGGUGGAUUUGUGUUUAUAAUCAUGCAUCUUUUUUUCACAAGAUGUUAAUUGAUGGACUGGACUGGAGUAGUGUGGAGAACUUGUGGAUUAUUGUGAUGUUUUUAUCAGCUGUUUGGACUCUAAUUCUGACGGCACCCAUUCACUGCAGAGGAUCCAUUGGUGAGUAAGUGAUGUAAUGCUAAACGGAUUCUCCAAAUCUGAUGAACAAACAAACUCCGCUACAUCUUGGAUGGCCUGAGGGCGAGUACACUGUCAGCUAGAACUAUUCCUUCAACAGUUCACUCUGAAGAUUUACUGCAAAAUACACAGCAAAUCAUGGAUGAAAUCUUUUCUUCUUGAAUCCAUGCAUUCUACGUCCUGAAGAGCAUUGGACCAGUUCAUCAGUUUGUAAAAAGCACAUAAAUCAGAAUCUACUUGAGCUGUUUAUGUUUACUUUAUUGGGAUACUUUAAUUUGAAGUACUUCAAGUGCAUUCAGUUCAUUUUCUGGGUAGGUUUCUUUUACACUACGGUUUUGAUGUUUUUAACCGGAUCUUUGCAUUAAUGAAAUAGAAAGUCAGUGUUCAUCUGUGUUUGUUUGUUUUGUUUUUUUAUUGCACUGAAAUAAUUGUGCCAUAUGUAAGACACUGUUCUCAUAAUUAUGUAAUAUUAAUGUGUCAUUUCUGACUCAUGCAUGGGAAAGUCUGCAUUCAUAAGUGGAUGCAAAACAAUG